ACCUGUCUGUUUGACUGCCUACAGUUCACUCUAGACUCGGAUCAGAUAGCCUCUCUCAACCUUUCAGCCCAUCCACCUCGCCGCUUCCUUUUCUCCUCGCAGCCAUGAGGACCACUGUGUUCGCUGUUGUCAUGGUGAUGAUGUGCGUGAUGAUGGUGGACGCAGACGUGAAGCCACAGAAAGAUUUCAACCUGCGGAUGUUUGCAGGGAGAUGGUACCGGGUGGGCCUGGCCUAUGACUCUCCAAGUUUUGCCCCCUUCAGAGACCAAGUGAAGGCCUCCAUGGGCAUCGUAACGGCACUGCCAAACGGCAAUGUUAACCUCACCAUGUGGGACGCCUUACCUUUCGGUUGUGUGAGAAAGGUGUACAACUAUGAGAAGACAAGCGUACCCGGACAGUUUUCCUACUUCAGCGCACGCCAUAACAUGGUGAAGGACAUCACAGUGGUGGACACAAACUAUUCUGAUUACGCUGUGGUUCUCAAACACAAGGUGUUUAACAGAGAGUACACACAGGUGGCGCUUUACGGUCGCUCUCCAACAGUCAGACAUGAUGUAAUAAUGAAGUUUAAAGGCUUUGCCUCGUCCAGAGGUUUCCCCAGAGACUCUAUUCUGACUCCACCUCCAGCAGAGAAUUGCCCAGCAUCAAGACCUGGGCAUUAGGUUCUCUGAUGUACCUGAGAUGAUGGUGGCAUGCAUAUCCUGACGUGCUGCUCUUUGUCUGCCGGUCUCUCAGCAAACAUCAUCUUUUAAGGCUACAAAGAUAAUAAAUACCAGAUAUUGCUGAUGAAAUGUUUUUGUCAUCCUCUGUUAUGUAGUGUUUCACAUAUUUUCCAUAGUUCAUAAUUAAAAAAAUCAUAUUUACCUCCAGUCUAUUUAAAUAACUAAAUUCCUAAUCACCAUACGUUUUUUUUAAUUGAAUAAAAUUCAGAGUUUUUAUUAUUAAAUGUAAUCAGUUGUGCUGUUUCACUGUGUUGACAGUCAAAUAAACCAUAUUAACUUCCA